AGACAUACCUUCUUGAUACGAACCUCUCCAAUACGUAUUAAAAGCGUUGUUUUCCCCCAACCGCAAAACAAAUCGUUAGAUCAUCUCGCAUGAGAAUGAAUUUAAAAGUUGAAUUGACAGUAAACAAGUUACAAACACGAGAUGUAUACAAACCUGUUAGACGUGCUCCAAAAUGACUGAGACGACUUUAAAAAUCCAAAAUCCACCAUGGUGGCGAAGACGUUCGCGAACCGAGAAGACGCUUCUCGUAGUCAUCGCAAUGUUAAUCAUGCUAAUAAUAAUAGUACUUGCUGUAAAUUUUGCGGUAGUUCACUCAAACGAAGGCUGCAAGUAUGGCUCUCAUGACAUAUGUCUCACCCCUGACUGUGUUAAAACAGCGGCCCAAGUGUUGGAAAAGGUCGAUUUAAACGUCAACCCUUGCGAGGACUUCUACAACUUUGCCUGUGGGAAUUUCAUAAAAAAUACAGUCAUUCCUGAAGACAAGGCGAUGAUAUCGUCCUUUAGUAUCGUGGAGGAUGAAGUUGAAGAACUGAUGCAAAGUAUACUGAAAAAACCGAUCACAUCAACGGAUAUUAAGCCUAUUAUUCUUGUUAAAACACUAUAUCAAGCUUGCAUGGAUACAGACGAAAUUGAGGCAAAUUCAUUGAUUAAAUUUAAACAUCUAAUGAAACAAUUAGGAGGGUGGCCUGUAACUGAAGGCGGGGAUUGGAAUGAAAAUGAAUUCGACUGGAUAGCAACAAGUUACAAAUUCAUGAAGAUGGGAAUGACUCCUGAUAUGUUUCUCAACUUUGUUAUCGGGGCAGAUAUCUCGAAUUCGUCCAGAUACGCACUGUUUUUAGACCAAAUUGAUGUCAAGUUAGACAAAAUCAAAAGAAAUGGAUUUAAUGAAACGSUUUUUCAAGCUUUUUACAAUUAUAUGAAAAAAGUAGCUAUGGUUUUUGGUGCUGAUGAGAAAGCUGCAACAGAAGAAAUGAGAGAAGUAGCAGAAUUAAUUGUUACCUUAACUAAGAUUACAGUACCUGCAGAGGAGCGCCACAACCAAUCACUGGAAAAUAAUCCAAUGACUAUUAGCGAAUUAGGAAGUCGAUACGGUUAUAUACCGUGGUUGGAGUAUAUUAACACAAUGUUAAAUCCGUAUCAGAAAAUGACGCCCAAUAGUAUAGUAGUGGUUAAAAUACCUUCAUAUUAUGAAAAACUGCAAGAUAUUUUAAGAAAUACGUCAAAAAGGACUUUGGCUAAUUACAUGUUUUGGUCGAAAAUUCAGGAGUAUGUAACAUAUCUAAAUGACGAGCUGAGAAAUUUAGAACUGGAAGUUUAUAAAGUUGCGUUUGGCCUCGAUAAGCGUCCCCCGAGAAUCAAAGAAUGCACUCAGCUAUGCAUUAGGUUGUACGUAGCCAGUGGAGUACUUUUUGUUAAAAACUUUUUCAAUGAAAAGGCCAAAAAAGAAGUGGCUGAAAUAGUUAAUAACAUUAGAGAUGAGUUCGUUAAAACACUAAAAACCGUAGAUUGGAUGGACGAUGCGACUAAAAAACAUGCAUUGGCCAAAGCCGAAGCUAUACAUCUUCAUAUGGCUUAUCCGGAUGAGUUGUUGGAUGAGCAAAAAUUGGAAAUCUAUUACAAAAACCUUACUUUAGAUCCUUCCGAUUAUCUGGGAUGUAGACUUAACAUAUCUUUGUUCAGUGCUGAAAUUGACUAUCAAGAGUUGGAUAAAUUUUUAGAUAAAAAAGACUGGCGUAAUCACGCUUAUGUUGCUUUAGUUCAAGCUUUUUACGACACUAGUGAAAACAGCAUAGAAUUUUUGGCGGGUAUCUUACGAAACGUCUUCUUUAAUGAGACUAGACCAAAAUAUAUGAAUUAUGGAGCUAUUGGCCAUAUCGUAGGUCACGAAAUAACGCACGGUUUUGACGAUGUUGGUAGACAAUAUAACAAAGAAGGCAAUCUUGUCAACUGGUGGAAACCAGAAACCAAAGAAGCUUUUGAUUCUAAAGCACGAUGUAUUAUCGACCAAUAUGGGAACAUAACAGAACCAGAAGUUGGCUUAAAUUUAAAUGGUGGGCACACGCAAGGAGAAAAUAUCGCUGAUAAUGCUGGAAUAAAACUUGCGUAUUUGGCAUAUAAAGAAUGGAUUAAAAAAAAUGGUCCUGAAUCUGUACUUCCCGGUUUACCAUUCACUCCCCAACAAAUGUUUUGGAUUUCUGUAGGCAACACGUGGUGUAGAGUGGAAAAAAAAGAAAUCUUAAAAUUAACAAUAUUACAAGAAAUUCACGCACCAAGUCGUUACAGAGUUAACGUCCCUUUAAUGAAUUCUAAAUAUUUUAUAGAGGACUUCAAGUGUGAUGACAAUUCUAAAAUGAACCCAAAACACAAGUGCUAUGUUUGGUAAAAAAAUAUUAUUGUUAAUAAAACUGAACUAAUGCCUA